AUGGAUUUUAAUGUCCCAGGUGCCCGGCCAGCGCACGACGCCUGCUUUCAAGACGUCAACGCAGCAGGGAACGCAUUUGGAAACUGUGGGAAGGACGGACAGGGAAACUACAUGAAGUGCGAGAAGAGGUGUGUGGGAACAAUGCCCUGUUAUAAAGCUUCGUAACGCGACAUAGCAGUUUCUAAUCCAAUUACAAUCUAAUCUAUCUAACUACAUUGCCUGUUCAUAGUUAUAAAGGGUUAAGACACUAUAGCAUGGACCAGGGGUGGCCAAACUAUAAUUCUGUGGGCCAAACCUAGUCCUGGAGGGCCGUGAUGAGUUGAAUUAGGCGUGUUAGUGUUGGCUAGAACAAAAGCCUGCACACACUGCAGCUAUCCAGGACCAUCCAUGAUCUGCUGUAUAACUUAUAAGGGCCCAGAGGUUUUCCUUGUCAGAUCACAAGAACAUGAAAAAUUCCUGGCCUUGACCAUAACACGCUACUACACACAGUCUGACAUCCAGUGUUUUUCCUAGCUGCCCACCAUUCCUUUUCUAAAGCGUGCUCCUGCUGCCAAGCACCAUCCUCGUCCACGCCACGGCCCUCUGUGUACUGUAAAGCGCUGUCGUGCGUCUUAGAGAGCGUUUCCAUGGCGUCUCGCCAGAGCUAAUUAAUUAAUCCAAAUUAGCUAUGCAAAUUAGUCUUGUGUACGAAUGAUACACCACUGCCCAACUGCGUUAGAGAGAAUCCAAUAAGCGACGUGGAGACGUUACAUUUUUUGGGGGGCGGCCGUCAGUAGAGGAGAUCUAAGGAUACACUAGGCCCUCUUCCAGGUGCAAUUAAGAUGUUUAGAUAGCUACUAGGCUUGAGUCAUUUACAUUCAAAAGCCAUUCAUUGUAAUGUAAUCUGCCUCUUGUCUUUGUUUCCGGUGGAUUUUUUGAUGUGUGCGUGCAUGUCUGUGCGUGCGUGCCUGUCUGUAUGUCUGUCAUUGUGUAUGUCUGGCUGUGUGUGUCUGUCGCUCACGUGUCUGCCAUUCAUUCAUGUGCAUUAUGCAUCCAUCUCCAGCGAUGCAAAAUGUGGGAAGAUCCAGUGCCACAGUGCGGCCAAGAAGCCUAAGGGCACCAAUGCAGUGUCCAUUGACACCACCAUCCGUAGGGAUGGCAUGGAGGUGAAGUGCCGGGGGACGUACGUCUACACCACCCAGGAUGGACAGGGGGACCUCCCCGACCCAGGCCUCGUCAUGACAGGCACCAAGUGUGGAGAGGGGAAGGCUAGUAGUGGUUGCAGUAUAAUAUGUGUAUCUUUUAUGUGUAUCUUCUUUUAUCUUUGGACAUAG